GGUCUUCCGCCUUCCCGUGGUUCCCGAGCGGGAAGGUGAAGGCGAAGGACGGCUUGUACAAUGGCUGCCUACUUGACACACCAGCAGAAAGUGCUCCGACUUUACAAACGGGCUCUGCGGCACUUGGAGUCCUGGUGCAUCUUCAGAGAUAAAUACCGUUUUUAUGCCUGCAUGCUGCGAGCAAGAUUUGAUGAACAUCGAGAUGAAACAGACAUGGUCAAGGCUACUAAGCUGCUGAAAGCUGGUGAGGAAGAAUUCUGGUCAAUGCAACAUCCUCAACCCUACAUUUUCCCCGAUUCUCCUGGAGGCACAUCCUAUGAGAGAUAUGACUCCUACAAGAUACCAGAAUUCUAUCUAGAUUAUUGGCAUCCAUCUGAGAAGGCAAUGUACCCAGAUUACUUUGCCAAACGAGAACAAUGGAAGCAGCUGCGUCUUAUGAGUUGGGAUAAAGAGGUGAAGCAACUGCAGGAGGAAGUGACUGAAAAUCCUGAGAGUGAGGUUCUGCCUCCAGCUCGUAAAGAAGGUGAUCUUCCUCCACUGUGGUGGAACAUUGUCACAAGACCCCGUGAACGGCCAACAUAGAGGCAGACCAACUGAAGCGGAUGGCUAAAAAUGUCAGUGUUGUCAACAGCAGAGUAUUUGACAGUUGACAUUGUUUCAAAACAAACUCAAUGAAGUCUAAUAAAUAUCUAAAAUUUAAA